UUUUGUAUUUUGGAUGCAAAUAAAAAAGCUAGUUAAUAGUUUAAGAUUGAUUUUUAUAUACAAAUGCUUGUGAAAACUGAUUUACAAAUGAUUGAUUUUUCAAACACCUUCGUGAUGUGCUCUCUUUUUCCUAAUUCUGUUAGGGCUUAUUUAUCGUGGAUCAAAAGCACUGCAUAUCUGCAUCGUUGUUAAUUAAUUUGAAGAUAAACAAUGAAUUUAGAUUUUUAUUGCGUUUGGUGAACCAUAAUUGUACGAGAAGAACAGUUUGCUGACCUUUUUAGUGUCCAUGAAAAAUCUGGACUGUUCGACUGAUCUGCUCUGGUUGAGUACAUAGGGUAUGAUUCUAUACAAAGCUGUCGCUUACUAAGCUACCAUUUCAGCGAUUUGCUUACUAUUAUGAUCAGUUUCACCAAGCAGACCUUCAAGCCCGCUAUCGCAAUCCCCAAACCCAAUUCCGCGUCGGCUUUCUCUGGCCGGGUAUUGAGUUUCAGGUCCGAUUUCGGAUCGGAGCCCCUGAAGAUUCACACGGGAGGUAGAGAUUUCUGUUACCGGCUGUUCCUGGUGGAUCGGAGUGGUGGUGAAAUGGAGCUGGUUAGGAAAUUGAGCCGAGGGUGCUUCUCAGACCCGCCGAAGAAUGAUCAGGAGGUUGAAUUAGAGCCGGUUGAAGGCGGCGAAGAUGUUUUUGAUGCUGCAGCUGCGGACUCCAAGGUCCAGCCCGAACACCUUGUGAUCAUGGUCAAUGGACUUAUUGGAAGUGCUGAUGAUUGGAGAUAUACUGCCAAACAAUUUGUAAGAAGGCUCCCUGAUAGAGUUGUAGUUCAUUGUAGUGAAUGCAAUCAUUCACGAUUAACUUUUGAUGGCGUUGAUCGAAUGGGUGAAAGAUUGGCUGAAGAGGUGGUGGAAGUGGUUAAACGCUGGCCUGGGUUGCACAAAAUCUCUUUUGUUGCUCACUCUUUGGGCGGACUUGUUGCACGAUAUGCUAUUGGGAGGUUAUAUGGGUCUUCCACAAAAGUUGAAGUAAAAGAUUUUAAUGGUUUCUGUUCAAGUGUGGAUACAGAUGGCGGUGUGCGUGAGAAGUUUGAUGAUGAAAGGAUUGCCGGAUUAGAGCCCAUGAAUUUCAUAACAGUUGCCACUCCACAUUUGGGUUCCAGAGGACAUAAACAGCUGCCUCUGCUCUGUGGUCUUCCUUUGUUGGAGAAAGGAGCAUCUCAAACUGCACACUGGAUUGUUGGGAGAUCAGGGAAGCAUCUCUUCCUCACUGAUAAUGAUAAUGGAAAGCCUCCUCUUCUUCUUAGGAUGGCCUAUGACUCAGAUGAUCUCAAGUUCAUAUCAGCUUUACGUUCUUUUAAACGGCGUGUGGCAUAUGCGAACGCGAACUAUGACCAUGUUGUUGGAUGGAGUACAUCAUCAAUCCGCCGUCAAAAUGAACUUCCAAAGUCCAACUUUCUUGUCAAUGAUUUGAAGUACCCACAUAUUGUACACGUGGAGCAAGAAAGUGCUGAAGAAGUCAAACAUAAAGCAUCUUCUAUUCUUGGAACAGAAACAAUUGACUUAGAAGAGGAGAUGAUCAGAGGCCUGACUCAAGUACCAUGGGAGCGUGUUGAUGUUAGCUUUCAUAAAAGCAAACAAAGAUAUGUUGCACAUAAUACCAUACAGGUGAAGAGCUAUUGGAUGAAUUCGGAUGGUGCUGAUGUGAUUAAGCAUCUUAUUGAUAAUUUCCUUCUCUAGUUGUUCCAUUCAGCACCUUUCAGAAUCCUGAUGAGUAGACAGACAGACAUUAGGCAUAAUUGCCAAACUACUUGGUGUAACAUUAAUCUGUUUGUUGAUAGAAUUGAAACAUAGUGAUGGAUGGAUGGCGGUGUAUAUUUUUUGUUUUGUUUUCGUUUUUUUUUUUUUUUUACUACAAUCUAGCUUAUACAUAGUAUUUGUUCACAUGAUAAUACCAACAUCCUUAAUUGGAAUGAGACUUGAACCUGAGACCUUUUGUUUGGAAUGGUACGGUGCUAUCAUAUCACAA